AUGGAACCCUCCCUAAACCACGUCGCCAGUGAGCAGCAACAGGACGAUUUGUCUCCGCUUAAGCUUAAGCUUGAAAGCUUCGCCGCCACUGCUCUCGAUAUUAGUCCACACAAGCUUCGAAAUAAAAUCCACAAAACCUGGCUCGCGCUGGGUGGAGAUUCCCUGACCGCCAUUAACUUCAUGGGCUAUUGUCAUGACGCUGGCAUUGAUGUUGAUAUUCCCGGUGUCUUGCAAGCUGAAAGUCUUGACGACUUGAUCGAUCGGAUUGCACAAUCUCACCAAUCUAGACAACCGGCCAGCGAUGGAAUUGAGAACUCCUACGGUUCGCCUAAAGGACCCCCUUUAGACGGGCUGCACGACGUCUUGCGCGGUCCUCUUGAUGAGAUCCAGGGCAUCGGACCUUGUUCCCCCAUGCAGGAGAACUUCAUCGCUCUCCAAAGCAUUGAUCCUCGAGCAUACCAGCUACAGCUUGCAACGACAAUAUCUUCCACCAACCCUGCAGUUGCGGUGACUACUGACGCGGUCGGAAAAUCGUGGACAGCGGUGGUGAAAAGGCAUGCUGCUCUUCGAACUAUGUUCGUGGAGAGCGUGGAUCGUCCUGGAAGACUUGACCAGGUCGUGUGGAGGAACACCAAGCCCCAGAUCAGCGUCCUGCCACUCUCUGAGGCCGAAAACAAAGCAUCUUUUGAGGCGUACGGCUCCGAAUUUCCACAUCGUUUAGUCCUGGCACAGGCGCCAGACAAUAAAUUGUUUGUGAGACUAAUCAUCUCGCAUGCUAUAGUCGACGCCGUGUCGAUGGAGAUCCUUUUCCGCGAUCUCUUCCGAGCACUAACAGGAACACUUCCUGCGGAUGAAUACAUGCGAUGUGAGGAUUUCGUGCGAGCUCAGCAGCCUGAUACAUCACAUGAGGCUCUCUCAUAUUGGUCUCGCUACAUGGUGGCCACCGAGGGGAGUUUUUUGAGCAGCCCAAGCUCGAAAACGAGCCCGACUGGGUUCUACACCAUCGACCAAGAAAUGCCCAUCGCGCCAGAUUUGGCUCAGAAGCUUUCGGAUCGGUCCAACGCUACACUGGUAAACGCGUGCCAAGUCGCGUACGCGCUCAUGCUGCGUUGUUACAACGGUGCGAGCAACGUCUGCUUCUCGUACACCACCUCAGGCCGACAGAAGCGUAUUAAGGGUUUGCAAGAUGCUGUUGGUAACUUUGUUAAUACCAUUCCGUGUCGUGUUGAUGUUGGCGAAAACACAACUAUUGCCAAGGCCUUGGAGCGUGCACAAAGCGAUUUCUUAGACAGUCUGCCUUACCAGGGAGCGAGCUUGACAGGUCAACUUGGCGACUCUCUCCUGUCCUUCCAACGCGGAGUGCCUGAAAUAGAACUUGCCAAGGCGGGAUUUGCGGUGGACAUCGUGUCUUGGGAGGCUCCGUCGGACUACAACUACACGCUGGCGAUUAGUAUCGACAGACACCGAUUGGGGCUCAGAUUCAAUGUGUGGGAAUCGCUGAUAUCAAGGGAAGAUGCCCUCAACAUGAUGCAGCUUUUCCGCGACAGUCUAAAUUUCGUGCUCCAAAAUGCGGGUAAGCCUUGCUCUGAUUUCGUGGGACUGACUUUGCAGGACCAGGCGAAAAUAGUAGCCACCAAUGGAAGCCCAUACGCCGUCAUGCGCAAUUGCGUUCACGACCAGGUGUGGGCUACGACACAGCGACAACCUGACAGACCAGCUGUUUACGCGUGGGAUGGAGAGCUAACAUAUACCGAGCUGGGCGACUCAGCCAGCCGGCUGGCUGCCAGCCUUAUUCGUCUCGGUGUAGGACUCGAGGGGAAGGUCGGCGUAUGCAUGGACAAGUCCCUUUGGGUACCAGUCGUUAUGCUAGCAAUCUUGCAAGCCGGAGGCGUGGUUGUACCCCUUGGAAAUCAGCAUCCGCCGAAUCACAUUCAGACUAUCGCUCGUAAUGCCGACAUAUCUAUAUUGUUAGCAGAUCGAGUGCACGCCAACCGGCUGGAAGGCAUCGUGCCUCACAUAGUCGUAGUAGACGCCACUUAUUUGGAUCAACUGCCGCCACCUACGAUCCCUAUUUGGCCCAGCGUGUCGCCAGACAAUGCAGCCUGGAUCGUUCACACCUCUGGAAGCACAGGGGUUCCAAAGGGCGUUGUACUAGAACACAAGACACUAUGCGCCCCGAUGCAUGUCCAAGCAGCCCGUUAUAAGAUGGGACCUUGGACGCGGGCCCUGCAGUUCUCAGCGCAUACUUUCGACAUUGUCGUGAAGGAUAUAUUCACAACCCUAAGCUUUGGCGGAUGCGUCUGUAUCCCCUCGGAAAGCCAACGGCUUGACGACCUCGGAAUGGCCAUCAAAACCAUGCAAGUAAAUUUUACAACGUUGACUCCGACUAUUGCAUCAUUACUUGAUCUACGAGACCUCCCUACGCUCGAUACGAUAGUAUUAACAGGCGAGGCUCUAAGGCCUGCCGUUAUUCAGCCCUGGCUGGAAGAAGGGGGUGUGAAGUGUUUUAAUGGCUACGGCCCCUCCGAAUGUUCGCACGUCUCGACAAUCAACGGGCCUAUUACUCGUGUGGAGGAUGCAUCGAAUAUUGGGUUUCCAGCCGCGAAUUGCCUUUGGAUAGCGGACCCUCUAGAUUUCAACCGCCUAUGCCCCAUUGGCGCUGUGGGGGAACUCUUUAUCGAGGGAGCAAUCGCGCGCGAGUACCUGCACGACCCAGACAAGACGGCAGCAGCCUUCGUCCUAGAUCCGGGCUUUGUAAAGAGGCUUGGAAUAUCGCCUGGCCGGCGUAUGUAUCGUACAGGCGAUCUUGUUCGGCAGAAUAAGGACGGUUCAUUGACCUACCUGGGCCGUACGGACACGCAGAUCAAGAUCCGGGGCCAGCGGGUUGAGGUGGGAGAGAUUGAGAGUCGGAUCUCACAGUCGCUGCCCGGAAACCCACUCACCUGUGUGGAUUUGGUCGAAGCUCGCAAUAAUGCCUUAGGAUCAUCGAUGCUCAUAGCGGCAAUUGACAUGAACGAGGCAGCUUCUCACGGGGAUCCAGUACCAGGCAUACUUUACGAGACAUCCGAAAGUCUGAGAGACUUGUUGCAAAGUCUCCAUUCCAAGCUUGUUGCUGAACUGCCUCUCUACAUGGUGCCAAGCCAUUUUGUGCCCUUUGUAUCCCUACCAACGAAUGCUUCUGCGAAACUGGACCGGCAAGCUAUGCGCGCAAUGCUAGAAACAUUGACGGAAAGCGAGUUGGCAAUGUUCAAGAAGAAGGAUGCGCCGGGUACCAUAUCAACAGAGACGGAGAAGAGUCUUCAGGCAAUCUGGGCCGAGGUGCUUGAGCGCCCUGCAGCGGACAUUGGUAGUAACGACGACUUUAUGCACCUUGGCGGCGACUCGGUGGUUGCUAUGCGCAUGGCUGCAAUUGCUCGGAGGAGGGACAUAUCCCUUUCCGUCGCCGACAUCGUUCAACACCCACGACUGGCCGACCUGGCGCGGAUUGUGGAUGGCUACGAUCUUGCAGUUGAGAGAGCCGCCAAGGAAGACCCUGUGCCCUUUGAGCUGUGGAAUGGAUUUCUUUCGGCGAGCACUGGGGAACAGGAAACGCGGCUGGCCAGCGUGGCUGACCAGUGCACCGUUCCUCCGAGCCGCGUGGAAGACGUAUAUCCUACCUCGCCACUCCAGGAAGGCCUGAUGGCGAUGACGACUCAGUCCCCGGAGACUUAUGUCGCACAACAUGUGUACCGCAUCGAUUCGAAAGUCGACUUGAAGCGUUUCCAAAAUGCCUGGGCCAACGUUGCAAGCUCACUACCUAUUCUGCGGACUCGAAUUGUCUACGCGCCCGACUCAGGCUCGGUACAGGUGGUGACACGAGAUGCACCUCGGUGGACUAGCGCAUCUGAUCUCUCGACAUUUAUCAAAAGAGACCGGGCAGCAUCUUUUGCGUAUGGCACGCCCCUACAUCGAUUUGCCAUCGUCGAUGACUGCAAAAAGGCCACCAAAGGCCAGAGCGAGCGAUAUUUUGUAUGGACAGCUCACCAUUCUGCAUACGAUGGCCAGACUGUCUUUAAGACGCUUAAGAUGCUCUCUCAGGUCUUUCACGGAGGCACUUGCGAUGCUGUAACUCCUACUACACGCUUUAUUCGGUACCUUGAACAAACCACCCAAAACGAAGGGCGGGAGCGGUCCGAGACUUACUGGAAAAAGGAACUUGAAAAUGCGCAAUUGACACAGUUCCCAGAAGUCCCCAGCACCUCAUACCAGCCGUUCGCCGAUGGUGUUCUGAGGCACCGCUUCGAGCAGCUCGGCCGGCCAGAAGAAGUCAGCGGACAUGGCGGCCGUGUGUCACUUGCUAUUCUUCUACGAGCAGCAUGGGCUCUGGUUGUCGCCAGCCGCACCGCAAGCGACGAGGCCAUGCUUGCUGUCGUUCUCUCGGGUCGCGACAUGCCCCUAUUCGGAAUUGAAGACGUGGCUGCACCCACUAUCACCACCGUUCCCUGCAGGAUCAAAAUUGAUCGGAAGAAAGCUGUCGUGGACUUCCUCUCUUCCAUCAACUCCCAGAGCAAAGACAUGGCGCCCUACGCACAAUUUGGCCUUGCUAAUAUUCGACGUGCAGUCCCGGGCCUUUGUCACGACUUCGAUCCUGGACACCUAUUUCUUGUGCAUCCUGGCACGGAGGAUAUUGUAACCGCCGAAGAGAUUGGUCUCCAGAGGGUGACGGGGGAUAGAGGAAACUUCGAAGGCUAUGCACUAGUUGUCGAAUGCACGCUCGAUGCCGGUGGAACCGGAAUAGAUAUCGAAAUGCGAUUCGACAAAAAAGUCCUCUCAUCCUCUCGGGCGACGGCUCUGAUGUCCCAGCUGGAACAUGUUACACGCGAAUUACACCCUUAUAACCUUCCAGGCGCGGCCUUGAAUGCUACCCAACGAAACGCCGCAGUCGGAAAUCUCGACCUUGUCAGCCCGGAAGACAAAGAGAAACUGCUGAGCUGGAACAAGCCAUAUCCGGAUGCUGUGCAAGCGUCUCUGGUUGAGCUUGUAGAAAAACAAAUGAUAAAAAACCCUGAUGCCCUGGCAAUCUGCGCAAGGGAUGGCGAACUCACGUAUUCCCAACUAGACGCCACUGCCGGGCGUCUGGCGCAGCAUCUCGUUCGGCUUGGGGUUGGUCCGGAGAUCUUAGUUGGGCUGUGUAUGGACAAAUCCAAAUUCGCGGUUGUAUCAAUGCUUGCCAUUUUACGGGCAGGCGGUGCUGUUGUGCCGCUUGGGGUACAAUACUCUAAUUCCCGGAUCAAGACCAUUCUUGCUGAUGCCGAGAUCUCUGUGGCGCUUAUCGACUUCGCUCAGGCAAAGAGAUUCAAUGCCCUGGUCCCUUAUCCGAUUAUUGUUAAUGCCAGACUUCUGGACUCGCUACCAGUCCAACGCAAACCUGGGCUCUCGCGGGCAAGCCCAAGCACUCCAGCAUGGGUAAUCUACACAUCUGGAAGUACUGGCGUUCCUAAAGGAGUUGUCCUGGAACAUCAAGCUCUGUGUACUGGUAUCCUUGCCCAGGGAACCCGUUACGUCGUUACAUCCUCGACAAGAACUUUCCAGUUCUCUGCCUUUACCUUUGAUAUUAGCAUUCAGGACAUUUUUACCACUUUGGCCUUUGGAGGCUGUGUUUGUGUCCCUUCAGAAAGGGAUCGUACAGACUAUUUGGCAUCUGCGAUGACAGAGUUAGAAGUGACGUUCGCUACCUUCACGCCGACUGUUAUCUCAUUGCUCAAUCCGGAUAGCGCUCCAACGUCACUUAAUACCAUUGUUCUGGCGGGCGAAGCAGUAAAGCCCGCAGUCGCCAAGCCCUGGCUGGGACGUGUAAAUGUAUUCAACGGUUAUGGGCCAGCCGAGUGCUCAAUUUUCUCUGCCAUAAACGGUCCAAUGCUCCGCUCGAAAGAUGCACCUAUCAUUGGCUCUCCUGUGUCGAACCGUCUAUGGGUGACAAGUCCGCUCGACCAUAACUCCCUUGUCCCCGUUGGAGCUGUAGGUGAAUUGCUUAUUGAAGGCCCUCUACUUGCUCGCGAAUACCUACACGACCCUGAAAAGACGACAAAUUCCUUCGUGCUUGACCCGCAUUUUGUUAGUUCGCUUCUUCUACCACCCGGACGCCGCAUGUACCGAACUGGCGAUCUUGUCCGGCAGAACAGCGACGAUGGCUUGUUGGAGUAUCUUGGCCGCCUCGACACGCAGAUCAAAAUCCGCGGCCAGCGCGUGGAAGUUGGGGAAAUCGAAAGUCAUAUUGUGCGUCUUCAACCAGAGAUUCAAUGCGCGUGCGUAGACCUCGUGCAGCUGCAGAACGUCUCGGACCCAAUGCUCCUAGCUACAGUGGAGGUUCCAAGUGAGUUCGGACUUGAUGAUGGCGACGCCGAGGACGACUAUGACCUUGACCUGGCAGAGUUGCCAGACCCCGUUUCUCGGCCUUCGCAGCGUCUGAAAGCCAUAUUAGGAGAGCUUCGCUCCGAGCUUCUUCGAAUUCUGCCCCUCUACAUGGUUCCAACAUAUUUUAUACCAAUGAGCCUCUCGGUGAAUGCAUCGGGCAAAUUAGACCGGCAAAGUAUAAGGACAAUACUCGAAGGUCUCAGCCUCGAACAGCUGAGAGCGUUGGCCGCUGACCGAAGGAGUACGAUUGAGAACCGAAUGCUCUCAGAGACUGAGGAACAGCUUCGUCUUUUAUGGGCCCAAGUGCUUGGUAUUCCAGAAGGGGAGAUUGGAGCCGUGAACGAUGACUUCUCCCAGCUCGGGGGAGACUCGGUAACGGCUAUGAGGCUCGUUGCAGCAGCGCAAACGGCGCCAAUACCAAUGCAACUUGGGGUUGCGCAGAUUCUCCGAAACCCACGCCUCGCGGAUAUGGCACGGGUGUCAAAGGAGCACACUGCUACAGCAGCGUGCGCGGCGGAAGCGGAUCCAGAGCCAUUCGCGCUUUGGAACGGCUUCACCGAUGUAGAUGCAGAAAAGAAGAAGGCAUGGCUUGCCACCCUAGCCAAGCAAUGCAAAGAUCUUGCUGGACCUGAUGAGAUUGUCGACGUGUAUCCCGCAACCUCCUUACAGGAGGGGUUGAUGGCGACUACAUCCCAGCAGACGAGCGCAUACGUUGCACAGCAAGUCUUCCGGAUGGGAGCAGAUGUCGAUGUUUCACGCCUGCAACGGACAUGGGAACUACUGAGCAACAAACUCUCGAUCCUCCGCACACGCAUUGUCUACACUGCUCAGGGUUCCGUCCAGGUCGUCGUGAAGAAGGCACCAGAGUGGGAGCUUGUCACCGACCUGCCCAGCUAUCUGGCAGAGGAUCAAUCAAGGCCCUUUGCUUAUGGGACGUCUCUUCAUCGUCUGGCGAUUGCCCAGGACGAGACAAGCAGGUCCUUUGUAUGGACUGUGCAUCAUGCGGCAUAUGACGGAUGGUCAUUAUUGCUUGUCAUGCGAAUGCUCGUCCAAAUCUACCAGGGAGGGGAAGGCAGCUUUGUUGUAACUCCGGUCUCGCGCUUUAUCAGGUACAUACAGCAGACAGACGAGGACGCCAUAGCCACAUACUGGAGAGACCAACUGGAAGAUGCCCAAUUAAACCGAUUCCCCCCACUCCCAUAUUCGACAUAUCAACCACAUGCCAGGGGUCUUCUCCAAACUCGACUCCACAGCUUCUCAGAGAAGUACCGCAGAGAUAGAAGCAGCAGCAGCAUCACAACAGUUUCUCUGGGCGUCCUUUUGCGUGCAGCAUGGGCCGUGACUGUAGCGACCUACACUGGGACCGACGAGGCAAUAGUGAAUAUUGCUCUAAGUGGCCGUGAUGCCCCAGUCCUAGGCAUUGCUAAUGUCGUUGGGCCAACCCUCACAACAGUGCCGGUCCGAAUAGUGAUGGACAUGGAGCAGUCUGUGGACGAGUUCCUAGCUGCUGUAGAUCAGCAAGCCAAGGAAAUGGUUCCUUUUGCGCAUGCUGGACUGCACAGGAUUCGAAACGCAGUGCCGGAGCUCGGCUCAGAUUUUGAUGCAGGUCACCUAUUCAUUAUACAGGCGGCAUCCACAAAAGGUGAAAUUCAGAGCCUUGAGGCUAUUGGCCUCAAGCUUGACACAGCCAUAACAGAAAGCGCAGAAAACCCGGACUUUGGCGGUUACGCCCUCGCCGUAGACUGUACGGUCAACGCUGACUCGGUCGACAUUGAAAUUCGCCAUGACAACAACGCGCUCCCGCAGCCUAGAGCAGAGGCCCUUCUGUCCCAGUUCGAGCAUACUAUCCGGCAGCUAGAGACCCACGGUCGUGGAGGUUCCAUGGCCAACCUUGACCUUUUCAGUCCAGCUGACGCCGAUACUGUACGGAAAUGGAAUCAGAACACCCCGUUAGCUAGACAGGUCUGCAUCCACGAGCUUGUACAAAAAACGGCCUAUGAGAAUCCAGGUUCUCAAGCCGUCGACGCGUGGGAUGGGAAGUUUUCCUACGCAACUCUUCACGGCACUGCUCGCCGGCUCGCUCACCACUUGGUUAGUUACUGCGGCGUUGGUCCAGAGGUCACCGUUGGGCUGUGCAUGAAUAAGUCGCGCUGGGCUAUCGUGUCGAUACUGUCGAUACUUAUGGCAGGUGGCGUCGUGGUGCCCUUAGGAGUCCAGCAGCCACUCAUGAGAGUCGCGACCAUUGCGGGUGACUCAAAUAUAUCCAUCAUCCUGGUCGACACAGAACAGGCUACACGUCUCGCGCGACUGGAGGGUAUCUCGCCACGCCUCGUUGUCGUGGACGCCGCCUUCCUAGGAGGUUUGCCACCUCCUGCGACUAUAAGGCCAGUCUGCGAUAGCGUUUCUCCCGAUAACGCGGCAUGGAUCGUGUAUACUUCUGGUAGUACUGGAGUACCAAAGGGCAUCGUCCUCGAACACAGGGCGCUUUGCAGCAGCUUUUAUGCGCACGGUCCUCGCGUCGGAUUUGAUGCUGAUACUAGAGCCCUCCAGUUCUCUGCCUACACUUUUGACAAUGCCAUCGAGGAUAUCUUGUCUGUAUUGGUGUUUGGAGGCUGUGUUUGCGUUCCAUCUGAGGACCAGCGUCUCAACGCGCUCACCGAUACCAUCCGCCAUAUGAACGUUAACCUUAUCAACACCACACCGACCGUUGCGUCACUCAUCCGGCCAACUGAUGUGCCUAUGCUCAAGACUUUGCUCCUUGGCGGCGAAACCGUUAGUCCCGCGGUUGUCGAACAAUGGCUCGGAUACACCAAAAUAAUAAAUACAUAUGGCCCAGCGGAAUGUUGCAUUGAUAUCAGCUGUUCGGCGCCCAUGAAGCAACCACGCGACUCGUAUACAAUCGGGUUCUCGCUUGGCGUCUGCUUCUGGGUUACGAGCCCAUCUGACUACAACCGUCUAGUUCCCAUUGGGAUACCAGGAGAACUCCUAGUAGAAGGCCCGCAUCUCGGAAGAGGAUACCUCAACGAUCCAGACAAAACGGCCAAGGCUUUUGUAUGGGAUCCUGACUUUGUAGCGCAGCUUGGCAUAUCACCGGGGCGUCGUAUGUACAGGACAGGAGACCUCGUGCAGCAGAAUACCAAUGGCUCGCUAAUCCACCUUGGUCGAAUCGAUACCCAAAUCAAAAUCCGUGGCCAAAGAGUAGAGACUGGGGAGAUUGAGAGUAAUAUAGUCCGGCUCCAACGGGAAGUUCAAAUUGCCUGUGUCGAUCUGGUACGGCCGAGUAGUGCGUCUGACGACCCGAUGCUCGUAGCCGCAAUCGACGUUCAUGAAUUCGGCCGCGACGAAAACGACAAGGAGGAUAUCCUACCACCGCAAACAGUGCGCCGGCCGACGGAUGCUCUUAGUGCUAUGAUUCGAAAUUUGCGGGCUGAGUUGUUGCUGGUCCUUCCGCGAUAUAUGGUGCCGCAAUUCGUUCCGAUGACGAGUUUGCCACUCAAUGCAUCGAGCAAGUUGGAUAGAAAGGCUACUCGUACGAUCCUUGCGGGUCUGAGCCGCGAAAAACUCGGGGUGUUUGAGAAAUCAACCGAAAGCCCCGAGGACAGAAUUUUGUCGCCCAUGGAAGACAAACUCCGCCGUAUCUGGGUUGAAGUGCUGGGGUGCUCGCCCGAUGUAGGCGCUCAUGACCAUUUUGUCCAGCUCGGAGGCGACUCCGUCACCGCUAUGCGUCUUGUUGCUGCAGCACAGGGAGUAGACAUACGAAUUGGAGUAGCAGAUAUCCUCCAAAACCCACGAUUAUCGGAUUUGGCUCGCGUGGCUGAGAAUUAUAGCGUGACAGGAGUCACCGAGCAAGAUCCGGCCCCGUUCGAGCUUUGGGACGGAUUCAAUGAUGCAGAUGCAAAAAUGCAGAAGGAAUGGCUUUCAGGAAUCGCCGAGCGAUGUGAUGUCGCACCACAAGAUAUUGAGGAUGUAUACCCAGUGACGCCUCUCCAGGAUGGCCUUAUGGUUGUGACAGCUCAGCAGCCUGGUGCGUACGUUGCGCAGAAUGUCUUCCGCAUCCGAGAUGUCGACAUGGCACGUUUCAAGGAGGCUUGGUCAAAACUUAUCAGUUCUCUCCCGAUUCUACGGACCCGCAUCGUUUACCACACUGCACGGUCAGGCUCGGUACAGGUAGUCGUGCGCAGAGCCCUAGACUGGAACCAGGCAAACAACUUGCAAACGUAUCUAGCACAGGAUAAAGCGUUGCCCUUUGCUUAUGGAACACCGCUACACCGUCUGGCGAUUGUCGAGCACGUGGGAGUUGUGGAAGAUGAGGCAAAGUACUUCGUGUGGACUCAGCAUCACAGCGGUUACGACGGUUAUCAAAACAGUCUAACGCUCAAUAUGCUUGCUCAAAUUUAUCAAAACAAAGGAGGACAGUACCACCCCCCGCCCCCAGUCCCUCGGUUCAUCAAAUAUCUGCAGCAGAGAGACAAAGAACAGGUGGCUACCUUCUGGAAGCAGCAACUGGAAGAUGCUCAUCUGGCUCGCUUUCCCCCGCUCCCGCACCCGUUAUACCGCCCACAUGCCGAUAGCCUCUCACGGCGGCGAGUACAGCGCAGCAGGCCACACAGUGGAGCGCCAGUCGUGAUUCUCUUGCGAGCAGCGUGGGCUAUCACGGUCGCUACUUACACAGGUAGUACUGAGGCCACCUCAGCUAUUGCACUCUCCGGCCGUGACAUCCCGGUUUUGGAUAUCAGCAACGCAGUUGUGCCCACCCUUGCCACUGUGCCAGUGAGAACAUGUCUCGAUCGUACGCAACUUGUUUCUGAUCUCUUGGCCGCUAUGGGGCGGCAAAGUGAACAGAUGAAGCCGUUCUUGCACACAGGUAUGCAGCAUAUCCGUGCUGCGGUGCCUGGUCUAGGAGUCGACUUUGACCCGGGGCACCUAUUCAUCAUACAACCAACUAUGGGAGACAGGGAUAACGAUCCUCUCCUAGCAAUCGGCCUCGAAGAACUUGCCACUGACAUGGCGGAUUUUGGUGGAUACGCACUCGCGGUACAAUGCACCAUCAAUGCCGACCGGACAGUAGAUGUCGAGAUGCGAUACGACGACGGGGUGCUUCCAAUGCCAAUGGUCGAGGCGCUUCUCUCACAGUUUGAACAUAUGAUGCAACAGCUGGAAACUCACGGCGAUACUGCUAUCGGCGACCUUGAUCUUUUCAAACCGGCUGAUGUAGAGAGGAUUCGAAGAUGGAAUCAGCCCGUCCUUCAGGCUGCCCCCAACCGGUCUUGUAUCCAGGACCUCGUGCAGACGAUGGUUAACAGACAGCCACAUGCACAGGCCGUGUCAUCGUGGGAUGGUGAACUAUCCUAUGCAGCGUUGAGCAAAGCUGCUUGCCGGUUAGCCCACCAUUUGGUCAGCCUCGGAGUUGGGCCAGAAGUGACUGUCGGCGUGUGUAUGGAUAAAUCGCUAUGGGCGAUGGUGGCGAUGCUGGCCAUUCUCCAGUCUGGCGGUGUAGUGGUGGCACUAGGCACGCAGCACCCAUUGAGCCGUAUCGAAACAAUUGUCGCAGACGCUGGCAUUCGUGUGACUCUAGUCGACCAGGUGCAAGCAAAGCGGCUUCAGGGCAUGCCACAUCCGAUUGUGGUUGACCAAUCUAUUGUCGAGCAGCUCCCAGAACACACAAGCCUUCCUUGGACGAGUGUAACUCCAGACAAUGCAGCCUGGAUCGUUUAUACGUCGGGCAGCACUGGUACGCCAAAGGGCGUCGUUCUCGAGCAUCAGGCACUCUGCACGGGAAUCUUAAGCCACGGCACCCUGUUCGGCAACAGCGCCCAUACCCGUGCUCUUCAAUUUGCUUCGCACACCUUUGGCGUCGUAAUUGAAGACAUGUUUACAACGCUCAUCUUUGGGGGCUGUACAUGUAUUCCAUCCGAGGACCAGCGCCUGGACAUGACCGAGCUUGCACGUACGAUCCGUCGCAUGCACGUCAACUUUGUCAAUCUGACGUCUACUGCUGCAUCCCUGAUUGAUCCGCACGACGUCCCUGGGAUUGAAACGUUGGUACUUGGUGGCGAGGCCGUCAGGCCUGCCGUGGUGGAAUUGUGGGCAAAACAUGCAAAGAUCCUCAACGCCUACGGACAGAGUGAAUGCUCUGUCGAGUCAGUUAUCAGCGUGGUUGAACAGGAGCGGGACGCGGCCAACAUUGGCUUUCCUAUCGCCGAAUGCGCUGCUUGGGUGGUCGAUCCGUCCAACUACAACCGCCUUGUCCCGGUAGGAGCCCCAGGUGAACUCUUGAUUCAGGGGCCACUUCUUGCACGAGGCUAUCUGAACGACGCAGACAAAACCGCAGCUUCUUUCGUGUCGGACCCGGAAUUUCUCGCCCGGCUUGGUCUCUUGUCUGAGCGUGGUAGUCGCAUGUAUUGUACUGGCGAUCUCGUGCAGCAGAAUGAAGAUGGCUCACUGGUUUACCUGGGCCGUUGCGAUAGCCAAAUUAAGGUCCGGGGGCAACGGGUAGAGCCUGGAGAGGUUGAGAGUCGUAUUGUCCAGCUUCAUCCAGAGAUCUCCCACGCUUUUGUGGACUUGGUGAGACCGCGCGACACACCUGCAUCCGCCGAUCCCGUGCUCGUGGCCGCAAUCGAACUCCAGGAAGGUGUUGAAAUUGGGGCCAGUGACUACGAUGACAAGUACGGCUUGCCACCAGCAGUCCAACCGCCCACACAGGAUCUAACUGCAAUGAUACAAAAGAUACGUGCAGCUCUACUCCAGGACCUUCCUCCCUACAUGGUCCCCGGCUAUUUUGUGCCUAUGUCAAGCCAUUUGCCUGUUAAUGCUUCCGGAAAAUUGGAUCGAUUUGCCACCCGCGCAAUCCUCGACAGCUUGAGCCGAGAUCAACUCGGAGCCUUCAGUAGGGUAGAGAGGGAUCUGGACAGGGCACUCUCGGCAACCGAGGAGCAGCUCCGUGCAGCAUAUGCUGAGGUGCUUGGCUGCCACGCGGACGACAUAGGGCCUGAUGACCAUUUCUUCCAACUAGGAGGUGACUCUGUGGCGGCAAUGCAUGUUGUUGCGGCGUGCCGCCAGCGAGGCAUGACCGUCUCUAUCCGAGACUUGUUGCAAAGACAAAGCAUCGCGGCUCUAUCUUCGUGCUUGGAAGCAACGACCGAAGACGAGACAUCUUAUGACUUGAAUGGAUUGCCAGAGGAGUCAUCCGCCGUGACAGACAUCCAGGAGUGGAUGUUGAACUACCAUGUCGCUCGCCCAGAUGUCGGCAUGACUUAUUUUGCGCUGGAUGCAACAAAGCCACUGGUUGGCGAGAGGAUGGCGAAUGCCUGCAGGAAGCUCUUCACCACUAUCGAGGUCCUACACACGGGUUUUGUUGUGGCGGAUGGAAGAUGGAAGCGGGUCGUGAUACCGGCGUUUACACCAAUCGUUGAAACAUAUACCACCGACGCCACGAUCGACAAAUGGACCGAGGAUUUUAUACAGCGUGAGGGAUUCAAACCUCUCGAGCCCGGACGACCGCUAGCAGACAUUGCCAUCUGCACCACCAGGAAGCAGGGUGGGGAACAUCGGAUCCUUUUCCGCCUCUCUCACGCCGUGUGGGACGGCAUGUGUAUAACGAAGUUGUGGUCGACCCUCCAGGAUCUCUAUCAGAAUGGCCAAACCAAAAAGGUAACAUCAUUCUCGCAGUACAUCGCCCAGGUUGAGAAGCGCCGAACUCCAGAGGCAUCCAGAUACUGGACCAAGCUUCUCAAGGAUGCAACAAUGACGCCCAUUGGACACACCACACUUCAAGACAAGGACUAUGUUUGGCGGGCCGGAGUGAUAGGCCCCAAGAUCAUGGAAAUAGGCCAGAAUCUUCCCAAAGGCUCGACCUGCGCAAGCGUUGUCAAAGCAGCGUGGGCCCUUGUGCUGGCUCGACAUGCAAAGCGCAAUGACGUCGUAUUCGUAGACCUUGUAUCUGGCCGUGCGGAGGUUGGUCCGUCUGUUAUGGACACGGUUGGAUGUUGUUCGACUCCCAUGCCGGUGCGCAUCAGACUUGACCCAUCAUCGACGUAUGCGGACCUCGUGCAUGCGGUCCAAAAACAGCAGCUGGAUAGUAUCCCCUUCGAGACGUUUGGCUUCAGUCGAAUCGCUCAGCAAUGCACAGACUGGCCCGCAGGGACCGCAGCUACAUCUUGGAUCAACCAUGUGCCGACACGAAUUGGUGGAAGUAAACUUGACAUUGGAGGCACUGAAUAUACAAUCUGCCAGCCAAAGCAAGAGGAGCAAAACUGGACCUUCAGCGAAACGCGAAUUUCCUGGCUACACAUCGGCAACAACCUUGAGUUCACUCUGGCAUAUGCUGUCGAAAAGGUACCUGAGCAGAUUGCCCAAGGUCUCUACGACGGACUCGUUUCCACCAUUGAGCGAGUUCUCACGUCACCGCAAGCCUUGAUUGGUAGUCAACUGCCAGGAGGAGUGAGCAAUACGCAAUAA